AUGUGCUCAGGACUUAAUCCUAAUCCUAAUAAUAAUGAUGUCAACAUCAAAAAGCACAAAAAUAAGACUAGCAAAGAAGAACAACGGGUAAAGCACACUUAUGAAACGUCAAUAGAGGUAAGAGAUCAUAAAAAGAUAGUGGUGUCUAUCUGUUCAACGACAAAUGGACGUGAACGGUACGAAUGCGAUAUUCCUACCGAGAAAGAGAUCGAGAAAGAUUAUGGGAGCGAAGCAAGAAGAUCUAAAGAAGCUAUUAGAUCCAUGAAUGAUUAUUUUAUAUUUCGUACUUAUUUCAGUAAAGUAAUCCCCCAGUUCAAUAGAAAUGAAAAAUCUCACAUCACCAGUGAUAUUUGGGCGUCCGCUGAUUCAACUGUUAAAGAUGAGUUUCAGCAACCAAAUACUUCCCCUGAUUUUCCAAUUCCUCGUAUUUCUCUUACUUCUCCAAAUAAAGCCACUCACACUGAUAUUUCCAUUCCAUUACCAGAGCAAUCAAAUCCUCAACCAUCACCACCACUAAUUGCAAUACAAUACGAAGAUAUGCCAUUUAGUGAAUAUUAUGCUCACGAAUGCAACAGCCCAAUAAUUUAUUGUAGUGACACAUCACCUUCAGUGACGACACUAUCAUCAAUGUCUUCACCGGUACUAGUUUAUAGCCCUGGAAGCCCAUUAGUAACUGCUAAUCCGGAUUCGAAUGAUUACCCACUAUUUGAAACCAACUUUGAAUCUUUAUCGAUUAGCGAACACAACAGCGGAUUCAACAACGAAUUAAACAAUGACGAAUUUAACAACAAUGGAUUCAACAAUGACGAGUUUAACAACAACCAACUCAACGAUUUUCUUGCGAAUCUAUCUAACGGAUCUAAUCACGAUUUCGAAAAUCUUCUUGAUAAUAAUAAUACAUCUGAGAACUUAAAUUGGAUGUUUUGA